AUGGGUAACUAUUUCGGCCUUCGAGGCAAGAGCCUCAACUGGGCAAUCAGUAUCAUUGCCGGAUGUGAUUUCUUGCUCUUCGGAUACGACCAGGGUGUCACUGGUGGUAUUCUCACUCUUCCCGCAUUCCAGCAACAGUUCCCUACUAUCAACCCCGAGGAGGUUGGCAUCUCAGAUGCCGAGUCUAGCAGCCGUGCCACCACCCAGGGUAUCGCUGUCGCUUCUUACAACCUCGGAUGCUUCAUCGGCGCCAUCAUCACCAUCUUCAUCGGUAACCCUCUCGGUCGCAAGCGCAUGAUUAUUCUCGGUACUGCUGUCAUGGUCAUUGGUGCUGCUCUUCAGGCCUCUGCUUUCUCUCUGGAACACUUCAUCAUCGGACGUAUCAUCACUGGUCUCGGUAACGGCGGCAACACAUCAACAGUACCUACAUGGCAGUCUGAGACUUGCAGUGCUCACAAGCGUGGUAAGCUCGUCAUGAUCGAGGGUGCUCUCAUCAGCGGUGGUAUCAUGAUUUCCUACUGGAUCGAUCUGGGCAUGUCCUUCGCCCCCGGCUCUGUCGCCUGGCGUUUCCCUCUGGCUCUGCAGAUUUUCUUCUGCAUCUUCAUUCUUGCCUUUGUUUGGAACUUGCCCGAGUCCCCUCGCUGGCUUAUUCUGAAGAACCGCCAUGAGGAAGCCAAAACAGUCAUUGCCGCCAUCGCUGAUCUGCCUGAAGACGACGACUAUGUCAAGAACGAGUACGUGGUUAUCAAGGAGACUGUCGAGGAAAUGUCCAAGGGAAGCUUCUCCGAUCUUUUCACCAUGGACAAGCACCGCAACUUCCACCGCACUCUCAUCGCCUACGUCAACCAGAUGUUCCAGCAGAUUUGCGGUAUCAACCUCAUUACCUACUACGCUCCUGUUAUCUACUCCAACCUCGGAAUGACCGGCUUCAUGUCUCAUCUUUUGGCUGCUCUGAACGGUACUGAGUACUUCAUUGCCUCGUGGCCUGCCGUCUUCCUGGUCGAGCGAGUCGGUCGCCGCAAGCUCAUGCUUUUCGGUGCCGUUGGUCAAGCCGCGACCAUGGCCAUCCUCGCCGGUGCCAACUCCGCGCCCGACAACAAGGCUUGCAACAUCAUUGCCAUCAUCUUCCUCUUCGUUUUCAACACCUUCUUCGCCAUUGGCUGGCUCGGAAUGACCUGGCUGUACCCCGCCGAGAUUGUUCCCCUGCGCAUCCGCGCUCCCGCCAACGCGCUGUCCACUUCCGCCAACUGGAUCUUCAACUUCAUGGUUGUCAUGAUCACCCCCGUCGCCUUCGCCAACAUCAAGUACCAGACCUACAUCAUCUUCGCAGUUAUCAACGCCUUCAUCGUUCCCUGCGUCUACUUCUUCUUCCCCGAGACUGCCUACCGCUCCCUCGAAGAGAUGGACUCCAUCUUCGCCAAGGUCGGCACCAGCUGGAAGGGUGCUCUCAAGAUCGUUCACCAGGCCGAGGUCGAGCCCCGCCGCUACGGCAAGAACGGCGAGCUGCUCAUCCACUACGACGACAUCAAGGAGGGCGAGGGCCGUGCCACCACCCGCGAGAACCGGGGCGAGGGCAGCAGCGGCGAGUCCGUCAACAGUGCCCAGGGCGGCAUCUGGACCCGCCAGGACGAGGAGACGCAGAACGUCGUCAAGUCGGAGAAGAUGUAA